GGUCCUGAGGCAGGGAGUGGUUCACCUUGGACUUAGAGAAGUCUCCAAAUGGCCAUGGCAGAGGCAGAGCUCUUCCAGCAGACCUCAAGAGGGUCACAGGAGGGAGGGUCUUCCAGAAGGGAAGCUAUACUCAUGAGCUGGUGCAGCCCCAUGGGCUCACUCCAGGCAGUAUGAGCCCCAGAAAGUCCCCUUGGCUCCGAAAACCCUCUUGGGCCCCAGGCUUUGGGAAAUCACUGGUGAGCCCUGGGAUGAGAGGUCUCGUCUUGGCCCUGGGGAAUGGUGUUGGUGUGGUGGUCAUUUGCGUCCCUCCUUGGCUUCUGUCUUCCAGAUGAGAUGGAUCAAACUCCCCCAGUGCGCUCCGAGUAUCUGGUCUCAGGGAUUCGAACUCCCCCUGUGAGGAGGAACAGCAAACUGGCCACCCUGGGCCGAAUCUUCAAGCCCUGGAAAUGGAGGAAAAAGAAAAACGAAAAACUGAAGCAGACAACGUCUGCAUUGGAGAAGAAGAUGGCCAGCCGGCAGGGUCGCGAGGAGCUCAUCAAAAAGGGACUGCUGGAGAUGAUGGAGCAGGAUGCUGAAAGUAAAGCGAGCAACCCUGAAGGAGGCCCUCAUGCUGCGCAGAGUGAGCCGUCCAUACCCAAGCAGGAUACGCUGGCUUCAGAAGAUGCCCAGCCAGGAAGCCCCCUGGCUGCCGGGAAGGACCAGGCCUCCCUGGAGGAGCCACUGACUUCGGCCUCCCAUCCAGAUGACACAGCCAAGAUGCCAUCUGCAUCCAGCGGUGAAGAAACAGAUACCGGCAGCCUCCUUCCCACCACCAAUGAGCUCUCCCAAGCCUUAGCUGGGUCUGACUCCCUGGACAGUCCUCCCAGACCUCUGGAGAGAUCCGUGGGCCAGCUCCCCAGCCCCCCACUGCUGCCCACUCCACCACCCAAGGCAAGCUCCAAAACCACAAAAAACGUCACAGGCCAAGCUGCACUCUUCCAAGGAUCCAGCAUGAAGAGCUCCGACCCUCCUCUCCGAGGACAGCUCUCCACACCCACGGGAUCCCCACAUCUUACCACAGUCCACCGGCCGCUGCCGCCUAGCCGCGUCAUUGAGGAGCUGCACAGGGCACUGGCCACGAAGCAUCGCCAGGACAGUUUUCAAGGAAGGGAAAGCAAAGCAUCUCCAAAGAAGCGGGUGGACGUCCGUCUGUCCAGGACAUCCAGCAUGGAGCAGGGCAAGGAGAGGGAGGAGGCGUGGAGCUUUGAUGGUGCUUCAGAGAACAAGCGGACCACAGCUAAGGAGUCCGAGGAGAACAAGGAGAACUUGAUCCUGAACUCUGAGCUCAAGGACGACUUGCUUCUGUACCAGGAUGAAGAGGCACUCAAUGACUCCAUCAUCUCUGGAACAUUGCCCAGGAAAUGCAAGAAAGAGCUCCUGGCUGUGAAGCUGAGGAACCGGCCAAGCAAGCAGGAACUGGAGGACCGGAACAUCUUCCCCAGGAGAACCGACGAGGAGAGACAGGAGAUCCGGCAGCAGAUUGAGAUGAAACUCUCCAAACGGCUGAGCCAAAGACCCGCCGUGGAGGAGCUGGAGAGAAGGAAUAUCUUGAAACAAAGGAAUGAUCAGACAGAGCAGGAAGAAAGAAGAGAAAUCAAGCAAAGGUUGACAAGAAAGCUUAAUCAGAGACCUACCGUUGAUGAAUUAAGAGACAGAAAAAUUCUGAUACGAUUCAGUGAUUAUGUGGAAGUAGCGAAAGCACAGGACUAUGACAGGAGGGCUGACAAACCCUGGACAAGACUGUCAGCAGCAGACAAGGCCGCAAUUCGUAAAGAAUUAAAUGAAUACAAAAGUAAUGAAAUGGAGGUACAUGCAUCAAGCAAGCAUUUGACAAGAUUCCACAGGCCAUAGAGAUUUUCUUCUGAGAAGAAUUUGUGUUUAAUUUUUUGAUACCAACACUGAACAUUCAUCAGGGAACUUUCCUGAAGUUCAGCUCAAGACUACCUGCUGUGUUUGUGAGAAGAGCAGGAUCACACACACAGGUGCAAUCUUGGCCACACUUACCUGCAAGAGGAGUAACCAGAGGACACACACUUCUUUCCUUGGUGUCUAAGGAAUGUGAACUGUUGGGGCCAGUUAAGACCCAUUGUGACUCUACCAGAAGAAAACUACUGUUUGCCUUUUAGCCUUGUUUCACAGUUCUGCAGCAUAAGGGAGGAUGGGCGACGUGCAUGUGCAGGCCCACCAUUCCCAGGUCUCUGACAUGAGGGACAUGUGACACAGUCUCAUUCAGAAUUAUGUUGAAAAGACAUUUUUAUCCUGAUCACCAUUAAUUUGGAAACUCUUUAAGUUCAUGUUAUACAAAAUGAUUUACUGUAUUAUACUUUUUCCUUUUUUAUAUAAUGUCUAACAAAAAAUACAGCUGCAACAUUUUGACUCCUGUUAAUUUUGUUCUUUAAUUAAAUGACUGCUUAUUGCAGGAAAUUAA